AUGGUCAAUUCUAAAAAUGACGCGGCGACCGCGACUGUAGAAAAUGAUCCGCCGAAAACAGCCAAGCAGUUGCAAAAGGAGGCCAAGAAAUUGGCCAAAUUGGAGAAAUUUAAACAAAAGCAGGAGAAAAGGGAGACCGAAAAGCCGGGGAAUGUAAAAGAAAAAACAGAAAAAAAUGAUAAUAAGAAAGAUACUAAAUUAAUUUUGUAUACUAUUGAUACACCACCUGGAGAAAAGAAGGAUAUCACAUGCCCAAUGCCAGAUACAUAUAGCCCACAAUAUGUAGAAGCUGCAUGGUAUGCUUGGUGGGAAAAGGAAGGUUUUUUCAAACCAGAAUAUGGAAGGAAAGAUAUAUUAGAGGAAAAUUCAAAAGGAAAAUUUAUAAUGAUAAUACCACCACCGAAUGUAACUGGUUCUUUGCAUCUUGGACACGCUUUAACUAAUGCUGUAGAAGAUGCUAUUACCAGAUGGAAUCGUAUGAAAGGCCGUACAACACUCUGGAAUCCAGGUUGUGAUCAUGCAGGUAUUGCCACUCAAGUGGUUGUAGAAAAAAAACUCUGGAAGGAAGAAAAGAAAUCUCGUCAUGAUAUUGGUAGAGAAGAAUUUAUAAAAAGAAUAUGGCAGUGGAAGCAUGAAAAAGGCGAUAGAAUUUAUUCGCAAUUGAGGAAAAUUGGUGGUUCCUUUGAUUGGAGCCGUGCUUGUUUUACAAUGGAUUCUAAAUUAUGUAAAGCGGUAACAGAAGCAUUUAUACGCUUACAUGAUGAAGGUAUUAUCUAUCGCAGCAAUCGUUUAGUAAAUUGGUCAUGUGCUUUGAAAAGUGCGAUUUCUGAUAUUGAAGUUGAUAAAAUGGAAUUAAAUGGUCGGACUCUGCUUUCUAUACCUGGCUAUGAAAAGAAAGUAGAAUUUGGUGUUUUGAUAUCUUUUGCUUAUCAACUUUUCAAUUCCAAAGAUAAAAUAAUUGUAGCAACCACUCGUAUUGAAACUAUGUUGGGAGAUACUGCUAUUGCAGUACAUCCAAAAGAUAGUAGAUAUAUGCAAUAUAUUGGAAAAUUUGUGCAGCAUCCCUUUUGCAACAGGCAUAUACCCAUUAUAGCUGAUGAAUUUGUCGACAUGGAAUUUGGCACUGGUGUUGUCAAGAUUACGCCAGCCCAUGAUCCGAAUGAUUAUGAAGUUGGAAAAAGGCACAAUUUAUCAUUUAUCAAUAUUUUUGACGAUAAUGGAAAUGUUAUUGGAGACUAUGGAGAAUUUACAGGAAUGAAAAGGUUUGAAGCCCGAGUGGCUAUUAUUAAAGAAAUGAAAAAAAGAAAUCUAUUAAUUGAUAUAAAAGAUCAUGCAAUGGUAAUACCCAUAUGUAGUCGAUCGAAGGAUGUUGUUGAACCUCUUAUAAAGCCACAAUGGUAUGUCAAAUGUGACGAAAUGGCUGCUAAAGCCAGAGAAGCAGUAAGUACGGGUGAAUUGAAAAUUAUUCCAGAACAAUUUAAGAAAACUUGGUAUAUUUGGAUGGAUGGUAUCAGAGAUUGGUGCAUUUCGCGACAACUCUGGUGGGGUCAUCGCAUUCCUGCCUAUGCAAUUAAGUUUAUUAGUUCAUACAUGAACACUGAACAGAUAAAUGAAUAUUGGGUGAGUGCACAUUCUGAAAUUGAGGCCAAAGAAAAAGCAGCCAGGAAAUUGAAUGUUAACGUAAAAGAUAUUAUUGCAGAGCAAGAUCCUGAUGUAUUAGAUACUUGGUUCUCUUCUGCUCUUUUUCCAUUUUCCAUUUUUGGUUGGCCUGAUGAAACUCCUGAACUCAAGGUAUUUUAUCCAGGUACUUUAUUAGAAACUGGCCAUGAUAUACUUUUCUUUUGGGUUGCCAAAAUGGUUUUUAUGGGCCAAAAGUUAUUAGGACAGUUGCCCUUCAAGGAAGUAUACCUACAUGCAAUGGUGAGAGAUGCACACGGAAGAAAAAUGAGUAAAUCUUUGGGAAAUGUAAUAGAUCCUAUGGAUGUAAUUAAAGGAAUAUCUUUAGAAGAUCUUCAAAAACAACUGUUAGAUUCGAAUUUAGAUUCAAAAGAAUUGGAAAGAGCUUGGGAAGGUCAAAAGCGUGAUUAUCCACAAGGCAUUCCAGAAUGUGGAACAGAUGCUUUGCGAUUUGCUCUCUGUGCUUAUACUACUCAAGGACGAGAUAUAAAUCUUGAUAUACUUCGUGUACAAGGAUAUAGAUUUUUUUGUAACAAAAUAUGGAAUGCUACAAAAUUUGCACUCACUCAAUUUAAAUAUGAUAUAAAUAAUAUGAAAUAUAAUGCUAAUUGUAUUAACGUGAUUGGAGAUGGCAAAUGGUAUCAGUGGGCUUUGAAUGAAUUAUGCGUACAGGAAGCACUGAAUAAUUACUUAGCAGAUUAUUCAUAUCUCAAUGGUUAUACACCUUCACAACUUGACGCGAUGGUUCACCAAUCAUUAAAGGAAUUAAGCAUUGACUUUGCAAAUCAUUUGCAUAUUAAACGUUGGUAUAAUCAUCUCGCAACAUUUACAGAUGAAGAAAAGGCCACUUUUUGUGCAGAACAAAAUAAAAUAAUACCAAAAUUUGCAUAUAAAUGUCAAGAAAAUAAUGAUGACACAUUUGAGCUAACUGGAAAGGAAACAAAUAUAGAUUUAUGGAUGUUAUCACGAACUAGUUACGCUGUUAUAACUUGUAACAAAGCGAUAGAACAAUAUGACUUUGCAUUAGCUACUUCUACCUGUUAUAAUUUAUGGUUAUAUGACUUAUGUGAUAUUUACUUGGAAUAUCUCAAACCAAUAUUUCAAAGUAAAAAUAACAUAGCUAAAUUAGCGGCUCAAAAAGUAUUAUUAAUCACGCUGGAUAUAGGAUUGCGUUUAUUAAGUCCAUUUAUGCCAUUUAUAACAGAAGAGCUUUAUCAACGGUUACCUCGUAAAAAUCUAAUAUAUCCAAGUAUAUGUGUUAGUCCAUAUCCAGAUGGUAAAGAAUGUUGUUGGAGAAAUCAAGAAAUUGAAAAGGACAUUGAAUUUGCGCAAAAAAUAAUUAAGAAUAUACGAUCCGCUCGCGCGACUUAUAAUUUACCUAAUAAAAUGAAAACAGAAGCGUAUAUUGUGUGUUGCGAUCCAGCUUUAAAGGAAAUGAUUGUCCAAUAUAAAGUAUUCAUAGAAACUCUUGCAUAUUCUAUUCUUAAUAUGGAGAAACCACCUAUAGGAUGUGCUAUUAUCACCAUAACUGAUAAAGUUCAAGUAUAUCUAUUACUGAAGGGUUUAAUUGAUCCAAAGAAAGAAUUAGAAAAGCUACAAAAAAAGGAAGAACAGCUGCUUGAGAUUAUACAAAAGUUGAAACAGGAUUUAGCUAUACCUAAUUAUGAUAUAAAAGUACCCCUUGAUGUUCAAAAAAAUAACAAAGAAAAAUUAACGAAUAGUGAAGGCGAAUUACAAAGAAUAAUUGAUGCAGUAAUGGUUUUACAAACUAUAUAG